AUGUGUUGGAAAUCUCCUGAUGAUUUAGCUAAAAUAGUAAGUGAACAGAGCUUAGAUCUUUUACAACAGUAUGGAAAUUUAGAAGGUCUUGCCCAGCUAUUAAAAACUGAUUUUCAAAAAGGCUUAAAUAAAGAAGCACUUAAUAAAUAUGGAAGAGUAGAUUUUUACGGAGAUAAUUCGAUACCUCAACCUCCUGUUGUUACUAUGACUGAGUUAAUGGUAGAAACGUUGGAAGACAAAACUUUAAUAACUUUAUCAAUCUCCGCUGCUAUUAGUCUUGCUCUGGGUUUAUAUGAAAACCCAUCGUCUGGUUGGAUAGAAGGCGUGGCCAUCUUAGCAGCAGUGGUAGUCGUCGUGUUUGUUACUGCUUUAAAUGAUUACGAAAAGGAAAAACAAUUUCGAAAGUUAAACGAAAAAAAAAAUGAUAUAGACGUUAAAGUUUUAAGAAAUCAAAAGCAAACUGAAGUUUCUGUUUACCAGGUUUACGUUGGGGACAUUUUAGUGGUUGAACCUGGCGACAUUUUAUGCGCAGAUGGCUUGCUUAUUACUGGCCGGAAUUUAGUUUGUGACCAAUCGAGUAUAACUGGCGAAUCUAAGCCAAUCAAAAAAGGCAAAGACGAUCCGUUUAUGAUUUCUGGCUCGACCGUUAAUGAGGGCCACGGAAAAGUCCUCGUAUUGGCUACUGGCAUUCAUUCUUUUCAAGGAAAAACUUUAUUGGCUCUUCAAAGGAAGUCUGAAGAAACGCCUCUUCAAAAAAAAUUGAACAGUUUGGCGGACAAAAUUGCCUAUUUUGGAAUGGCCAUGGCGCUUCUCACAAUGUUUUGCCUCACAGUUCGAUAUAUCGUCAAUAUGUACGUUCAGCUUCUCCCUUUUGAUCUUCACUUUUUUUCUGUCUUGACUAAAAUUAUUAUUACUGGCGUUACUAUUCUUGUCGUUGCUGUGCCUGAAGGACUGCCUUUAGCCGUUACUAUUUCCUUAGCGUAUAGCGUUAUGAAAAUGUUCAACGAUAAUAUUUUAGUCCGAAGGCUUGAAGCAUGUGAAACGAUGGGAGGAGCUUCGGCUAUUUGUUCUGAUAAAACUGGAACUCUCACUCUUAAUAAGAUGACUGUAGUUAAGGGAUUACUGGGAAACGAACUUUUUGAUGACAUGAAACAGUUGAAAACAGUAUACGAAAAUUCUUUUCUCAAAGAUCUUAUAAAUGAGAAUAUUUCUUGCAACUCUACUGUUUAUCGCUUGGAAAAAGAAGGGAAAACCAUCAUUGCAGGCUCGCGAACAGAAACCGCGCUUGUAAAUUUCUUAGCAGAACUCGAUUAUGACUUUGAAAAAAUUCGAGAAAAAACAGAUAUUCUCAACGUUUUUCCUUUUUCUUCAAAAGAAAAAAAAAUGUUGACUAUUAUUCAAAGGCCACGUGGAAAAAGAAUUUAUAUAAAAGGUGCGUCGGAAAUGGUUCUGAAGUCUUGUGAAUCCGUUCUUACUCACGACGGAAAAAAAACGGAUAUUCCUCAAAAAUGGUUUUAUAAUGAAAUUGACCGCAUGGCGAACGAGGCACUUCGCACCAUCGGAUUGGCCUACGCCGAUGUGGAUGAAAAUUUUGAUGCCGAAUUCGAGUAUGCUGGCCCGUUUGUACUACUUGGCAUUGUAGGUAUUAUGGACCCCGUCCGGCCGGAAGUGCCCCACGCUGUGCGCCAGUGCCAGCAGGCAGGCAUAACUGUCCGAUUGGUGACUGGAGACAACGCAAUCACCGCCAGAGCGAUCGCCCAGAGAUGCGGUAUCGACGACGGAUUAGUCAUGGAGGGACCGGACUUCGAAAAACUCAGCGAAGAAAGGCUUAAGGAAAUUUGCCCGAAUUUGAGGGUCCUCUCCCGUUCCUCGCCCAACGACAAGCUUACUCUCGUGCGCGUUCUCAAGGAGUUGGGAGAAAUCGUUGCUGUGACGGGCGAUGGCGCCAACGACGGCCCUGCUUUAAGCCAGGCACACGUGGGAUUCAGCAUGGGCCUGACGGGUACGGAGAUAGCCAAGCAGGCCUCUGCCAUUGUUUUGUUGGACGACAACUUUAAGUCGAUUGUCCAAGCGUGUGUAUGGGGUCGGAACGUCUUCGAUUCGAUCCGAAAGUUUCUGCAGUUCCAACUGACUGUCAACAUUGUGGCUGUAUCUCUGGCGUUUAUUGGGUCUCUCAGCAGCGUGGAGGGCACCUCUCCCUUGAAGCCUGUCCAGCUGCUUUGGGUCAACCUCAUCAUGGACACCAUGGCCGCUCUUGCUCUGUCCACUGAGCCGCCAUCCCCCGACCUUCUUCAACGACCGCCUAACGGCCUUAAUGAACCACUCAUCACUUCGCUUAUGUGGAAGAAUAUCAUCGGGCAGGCAGCUUAUCAGUUAUUGGUCAAUUUCUAUGUUCUCUACUAUGCACCAGCUGCGUUUGGGCUUGAGUAUCUUGGAAGAGAGCACCUGACUGUGUUUUUCAACGUGUUUGUCAUGUGCCAGAUUUUUAAUGAAGUCAACUGCCGGAAGAUCCAUGGCGAAAAAAAUAUCUUUGAGAAUAUUUUUAAAAAUACUGCUUUUGUUUCUGUUUUACUCUUUACAAUGGUGGUUCAGUUUCUUUUUGUGGAAUUUGGCGGCGAGUUUGCUGGCACAGUGCCCCUCUCGCUCUAUUGGUGGCUUUAUUCGAUUGGUUUAGGCGCAAUUGGGAUCCCCAUUAAUUAUCUUCUCAAAAUAAAAGUAACAAAAAAAAAGUCGAGAGUAAGAACAGGAUCAGCCGCAAAAAUGAAAAGAGCCAAAAUGAAGAUCAAAGCAAUUUUUGCUUUUUCUCACGGACGCUUCCAUCAAAACGUCCGACGGGCCCACCACGAGCACAAUAACUUAUGAUUCUAUACAGAAGAAAUAGAUGCUAAUAAUAUGGACUACCUUG